AUGGAUGCCUUCGAGAGCUAUUUCCGAGCGGCGGACACGAAUGGCGACGGAGUCAUUAGCGGGGCCGAGGCCGUCACCUUCUUCCGACGAUCCGGCCUUCCUCAGAUGACUCUCGCAAAGGUGUGGCAGUACUCGGACGUGCGUCAGGCUGGCUCGCUCACGCGUCCCGAGUUCUUCAAUGCGCUGCGCCUCGUCACUGUAGCGCAGUCGGGCCGGGACCUCACCCCCGACCUCGUGCGCGCCGCACUCAACGGCCCUGCCGCCUCACAGAUCCCGCCUCCGCGCAUCGCUGGAGCUGCUUCUCCUGCCACUGCCCCCCCUCCUGCCGCUGGUGCUCCUGCGGGUGCAGCAGCAGCAGCACCUCAGCUGCCCCGCCGCCCGUCGCCUGUUCCCACUCGUCCGGGGAUGGGACCAGGCGCCGUUGCUGCUCCGCAGCCUCUCUCCUCCUUCCCCUCUGGCCUCAGCGUAGGCUCGGCCAGUGCAGGACUAGCCUCGGGAGGGCUGACAGCAGCAGCGGCAGCUGCGGGAUUGAAGCCGAAGCAGCCUGGCGCUCUGUCGGACGUGUUUGCUGAGUUUGGAUCGUUUGAUGUGAAGUCUAAGUCCGUGCAGCCUACCAGUGCGCCUCCAUGGCCCCGACUCACAGUGGCAGAGGUGCAGCGCUGUGCGCAGGUGUUCAGUGCGGUUGACACAGAUAGAGAUGGGAAGAUCACAGGAGAGCAGGCGAGGAAGCUACUGAUGAGCUACAAGGUCCCCAUCGAUGUGCUGAAGCGGGUGUGGGACAUGGCAGACCAGGACAAGGACGGCAUGCUCACCCUGCGAGAGCUCUGCACCGCUCUGUACCUCAUCAACCAUUUAACAGGAGUGGGGCAGAUGCCGGUGCCAGCAGAGGCAGGAGACGUGGAUGCAUCACGGCCCGUGUACCGGUCCCAGGCACCUGACCUGGAGGGGGAGAAGGUGGCUCAGCUGGACGCGGAGGAGCGGGAGAAGAUCGAGAGCAAGCACAAGGAGGCCGAGGAGAUCGGAAAGAAGGUGUGGGAGACGGAGCUACAGAUAGCGGACUACAGGCGCAAGAUUGACUUCUACCGCGUCAAGAUGCAGGAGAUCAUCAUGUUCAAGAGUCGCUGUGACAACCGCUUGAAUGACGUGACGGAGCAAGUGGCAGCGGAGAAGAGACAUUACGACAUGCUGUGCAAGCGCUACGACGAGCGCUUCAAGGCGUCCAUGCCAGGUGUCAAGUCGCGAUUGGCCUACGAGGACAGUGUGCUAAAGGAGCUGCAGGAUCGCAAGGCAGCGCUGAUGGAGGUGGUGUCGCGAUUCCGGGCCACCACCACCGCUGACGCCUCCGACCUGCUGCAGGGCCGAGCGGACAAGCUAGGCAUGGAUCUGGAGGACGCACGGAGGGCCAUCAACCGCCAGGCCAAGGACCUGGGACUCAAAGUGCGCCCCCUGCUCGGCGCUGCCUCGGGGCCUGAUGCGUGGCGAGUGGCCCUGCAGGAGAACAUGGCGGACUGUGAUGAUGACUGGGACGAGUUCAUGGACCAAGGCUUCUCAGUGGUGCGAUCGCGCACAGACGACCUGUUGGGGGGAGACGACGACGAGCCGGCGCCCCUCAUCCCCCUCGGCCCCCUGCACCUUCCUUUCGUCGCUCUGCUCCCUCACCUGCUCAUGCCCCUUGCUGCUUGCAGCCCAUCAGCAUGGGACAGCCGCUUUGGUUUUAGGGGAGACAGAAACCUCCCAUCAGCCUCAGGGGUGGACUCGCCGUCUGUCUCCCAGUCCAUGGACUUCCAGCCCUCAGCCUUCGCCGGCCAGGACUUUGCCUUGGGAUUCGACCAUCACUUCGACGCCACAGGUUCGGGCUUCCGAGCCUCCAGCCAGUAUGACUCCAAUUUCCGAGCCUCGAGUGAGUUUGACUCGCAUGCACAUGCACACCCUGAGGACUCAGCAAGUGCAUCUGAGCAGUCAGGGCCAGGGUUUGGCCGCCCGGACGAUUACUCCGAGGUGGCUUCGGGCGGCGCUGCAGGAUUUGAUUCUGCUGCAGGAUUCGACUCUGCUGCGGGAUUUGAUUCUGCAUAUGGAAGUGGGAGGGGCAGCGGUGUGUCAGCAUCGCGAUUUGAUGAGCAUGUGGGAGAGGAGGAUGCUUCUUCUGCAGACAACACUCCCAUGGCAGGCACUGCAGGGCAUUUCUCCCAGCGUGGGUGGGGUGCUUUCUGA